CAGGUUGUCGCUUAUCCCCUGACAGUCACUGUGUCCCGCAUACUAAUAGUCGUUCGGUCGUGUCGGUUUUGUGCUAAUCUUCCUUGUUUUUAACGUUAAUUUAGGACAAUAUAUCAAACAAUUAACUCUCUGUCUACUAUAUUAAUAAGAUGUUUUUUUACUUGCUGCUUACCCUGUUGCUGCUGGUCCUAGGACACACCUUAUGGAAAAACCGUAACUUACCUCCAGGUCCUUGGGGGAUUCCGCUGCUAGGAUACUUACCAUGGUUAAGCCCCAAAGCUCCUUACGUAACCCUUACAGAACUGUCUAAGAAGUAUGGGAGUGUAUAUAGUUUAACCUUGGGGAGUGUGUGCACUGUGGUCCUUACAGACCCUAAAGAUAUAAAAAGUUUGUUUGCUAAAGAUGCCACCACUGGGAGGGCACCACUGUACUUAACCCAUGGGAUUAUGAAUGGAUAUGGUCUUAUUUGCGCCGAGGGUGACUUAUGGAAAGACCAAAGAAGAUUUGUCCAUAAUUGCAUAAGAACCUUAGGAGGCUCCAAAAUCGGUCAGCAACGACAUAAAAUGGAAAAUUUAAUAUUGAAACAUGUUGAGAGCCUUGUUGAGUAUCUAAAAACAACAAAUGGCGAACCCCUGGACCCUCUGGAAAGUCUUCGUCACCACUUAGGUUCAGUCAUUAAUGAAAUAGUAUUCGGCACCUACUGGCCGAAAGACGACCCCACAUGGAUAUGGCUCCAAGAACUACAAGAGGAAGGAAUCAAACAUAUCGGUGUGGCCGGUCCUCUUAAUUUCUUACCAUUUUUAAGGUUUUUGCCAACGUUUAAGCGGCCGAUGUCUUUCCUAAUCGAAGGUAAACUGAAAACGCAUCGGUUUUACCAAAAACUGAUCGAAGAAGAAAAACAAAAAUUAUUAUUAUCCGAGCAAAGUAGAUCCGAUGGGGACCUUGACACUAAUAACGCCUAUACCAGCCUGUUACAAGGUUUUCUUAUUGAAAAAGUGAAAAAAAGUAACAGCGAGUCGGCUUGUAAAUAUUAUAACGAUCAGCAGUUUUAUCAUUUGUUGGCCGACGUUUUUGGGGCUGGAUUGGAUACCACUUUGACCACACUCAGAUGGCUAAUUUUAUACUUGGCAUUAAACGAGGAUAUACAAGAAAAAGUGAGGCAAGAGAUUUUAUCUGUGACAGAAAAAAGGACACCAACUAUGGAUGAUAUAACUUAUUUGUCUUUAGUCGAAGCUUGUAUUGCUGAAACACAACGGAUUAGAUCAGUUGUGCCCGUUGGUAUUCCACAUGGUGCCUUAGCAGACAUACCACUAAACAAUUAUAUCAUACCCAAAGGUUCGAUGAUUAUACCAUUACAAUGGGCGAUACAUAUGAAUAAAAUACAAUACAAGAACCCAGAAAUGUUUAACCCCAAUAACUUUCUGGAUAAAGAUGGAAAAUUCUGUAAAAAUGAGCAUUUUAUUCCUUUUCAGAGCGGAAAAAGGAUGUGCGUGGGGGACGAGCUGGCAAAAAUGUUGCUCUCUUUGUUCAUUGUGCGACUUUUGCAAAAUUUCACUUUUAUGUUGGAAGACAAACAGUUGGUGGAUACUGAGGGUGAUUGUGGCAUCACUUUAACACCAAAACCUUUUAAAAUUCGCUUCAAAACAUUGUAAUUUUGUGUAAUAAAUUUUAAAUAAUUG